UGAUGGUUGUUACUUUGUAACAGAUAAUCUUCAAAGCAGUAGAAACAGAAGAAACAUAAGGACAACUCAGAAGAACUAUGUGAAUUUAGAUUUAGAUUUUUAACCCCCAUGACCCAAUCACAUUCUCUGACUGCAUUGCAUAUGUUUCUCUACUGACCAGCUAAAAUAUUGUUUAAACCACUGAUGGUGAACAGUAAAGAUCAUCAAAACAGUCAAUACACUUGAGUAGGCUCCACUAUAGUCAGGGUUUGCAGUAAUGCAAAUGCUACUGGAGGAUGUAACCAGUAUGGGACCUUUCUUACAGACCAAUAUCUCAAAAUUGAGAAGGGGUUGUUUUGCCUAACAUAGCCCCACAGAAGAAGACCUAACCAUCUGCAACCUCAUUCUUCCACAAAUUGACAAUGACUUUCUACAGUAUUCUUUUAAGCACAAACCACUGACUCUGGUCUAAGGAGCUUCCAUUGUAGAAGUCCCUGGAACCACCUGGCUGGAUACAUGUGAUAGUAACAAGUUUGACAACAGAGUCUGACAUGAUUCACAAAAGUAUACGUUCCUGUCUGCCACUGGUUUUUCCACAACCCUGAAUGUCAUCAUAAGGUCCAGUUAUCCUCUAUCUCCUACACCACAUUGACCCCAGCAAGGGAAUUUGCUUAUCAAAACUGUUUCUCACACACACAUCCUCUUAGCUGCCAAAACUCAGCAUGUAUUUUGUAAUCAAAGCAGAGACACCCCUCUCUCUCUGUGUCAUUUUCACCCUGCCAAUUCACUGGACAUCAAGGGUGUAAAAAACUGCCUGGAUAUACCUCCCAUAUAUAAGCACCCAGCUUAUCUGAGAAGCCCUAAAACUCUGUGGACAAACCUUAAAGGAGCCUCCAAGCCUGAACCAAAGCACUACUAUCUUCACAGCAUCAUGAGUGAAGAAUCUGAGGGAAAGCUUAUCGAAGACAGCCUGAUUCAGCUGAGAUGUCACUUUACAUGGAAGUUGUUAAUUGAAGCCCCUGAAAUUCCUGAUUUAGAAAACAGGAUCUGGGAAGAGAUUCAGUUCCUGGAUACCAAAUACAAUGGGGGAAUACAUAACCUACUAGCCUACGUGGAACACCUGAAAGGCCAGAAUGAGGAAGCCCUGGUGACCUUGAAAAAGGCUGAAGACUUAAUCCAGAAAGAACAUGCCAACCAAGCAGAUAUGAGAAGUCUGGUGACCUGGGGCAACUUUGCCUGGGUGUAUUACCACAUGGGCAGACUGGCAGAAGCCCAGACUUACCUGGACAAGGUGGAGAACACUUGCAAGAAGUUUGCAAAUCCUUCCUGCUAUAGAAUGGAGUGUCCAGAGAUGGACUGUGAGGAAGGAUGGGCCUUGGCGAAGUGUGGAGGGAAGAAUUAUGAACGGGCCAAGGCCUGCUUUGAAAAGGCUCUGGAAGGGGACCCUGAAAACCCUGAAUUCAAUACCGGGUAUGCGAUCACUGUCUAUCGCCUGGAUAACUUUAACAUAGCAGCAGAGAGGAAUGAGACAUUUUCUCUGCACGUCCUAAAACGAGCUGUCAGGCUAAAUCCAGAUGAUGUAUAUAUUAGGGUUCUCCUUGCCCUGAAGCUUCAGGAUGGAGGACAGGAAGCUGAAGGAGAAAAGUACAUUGAAGAAGCUCUGACCAGUAUGUCUUCACAGACCUAUGUCUUUCGAUAUGCAGCCAAGUUUUAUCGAAGAAAAGGGUCUGUGGAUAAAGCUCUUGAGCUCUUAAAAAUGGCCUUGGAGACAACACCCACUUCUGCCUUCCUGCAUCACCAAAUGGGGCUUUGCUACAAGACACAAAUGAUCCAAAUCAAGGAAGCUACAAACUGGCAGCCUAGAGGGCAAGAUAGGGAAACUGUGAACAGAUUGGUUCAACUGGCUAUAUGCAAAUUUGAAAAGACUAUAAUGUUAAAGCCCACAUUUGAGAUGGCCUAUGUUGAGCUGGCUGAAAUGUAUGCAGAAAUAGGCCACCACAGAAAGGCUGAGGAACAUUUUCAGAAAGUGUUACGCAUGAAGAUCUUUGAAGAUCAGCUAAAGCAAGAGAUUCAUUACCGCUACGGCUCUUUCCAAGAACACCAUGGGAAAUCUGAAGAUAAAGCAAUCACCCACUAUUUAAAAGGUUUGAAAAUAGAAAAAAUGUCCCGUUCCAGGGAAAAACUUCUCAAUGCUUUAGAGAAAUUGGCUAAAAGAUGUGUUCACCGGAAGGUACGGGUUGUGGAAAGUGUCAGCCUCCUUGGGCUCAUCCACAAAUUGAAAGGAGAAGUCAGUGAUGCCUUGCUGUGCUAUGAGAGGGCUCUGAGGCUGGCUGCUGACCUGAACCCUGUGUUUUAACAUAGAGGUCACCAUUAUCUGCUUAAUGGUCUUAUAACUAAAUAGAACAACUAUGGAAUUAAAUAAUGCAAGCUUAAAGCUGUUGGAACUUUACCUUAUUUUGAGCCUUGAGAGGAAUGUGGCUGUGUGGCCUGAGUUAUGUAGCAGGCAACUGCAACUUCCGCUUUUUCCUGUAAAUGAUCAAGAAAGGCCUUGUGGCACCAGACACAAGACCCCCUGAAAGUAUCAUCCCUCCUGAUGGAAUGGUAAAGCAAUCUUUCUUGGAAUGUAGCCAGUAAUAACUGAUCAAAUAGCUGCAAUGUAUGUACCGACCUUAUAUGGAAAAUGCUGCAACCCUGUUUACUGCCUGUGUAAGUGAAACCUUAACUUCCCCACUUUGGAAUGCUAACUCCAAUCAUUAGGUGUCUGUGUUUCCUGAGUGGUUACCCUCAAGCUUUGUGCUCAAAUAAACUCUAUACUUAAUCAUA